UCAGAUGUCAAAAGUUUACUUAUUCAUAACAAAAAUAGUUUUGUGAUUUUAUGUGAACAUCUGGAAAUUUCUAAAAAAUUUACAUCAAAUAUAAAAAUAUAAAGACUAAUGUUAUAAAGUGAAUUCUUUUUUGGUUAUAUUAUAAAAUCUCUGGAGAGUCAUACGACAGAUGGAAUAAGACUAUUUUACCCAAUUAAAAAAGGCCAUAUAAAUCGGUGCUUAAAUGAAAGAAUUGUCACUUUUAGAAUUUUUAUUGCAAUAUUUAAUUCUCUAAAUGUUGCAAUCAAGAGGGUGUAAGCAUUCGAAGCCUCUGUCGGCCCAGUCUUGCUUACUGUGUAACGAUGCAGCACCUGAACCAUUACUUGAUAUUUGUUUAGAAUUCAUUAUUAAAAAUUUGGACACAAUCUGUGAAUAUGAACCUUUUUCGGAUAAUUUAAAAUUAAAAGACGGAAUAGCAUUACCUUUAGAAAUAUGUGAAAAACUGCUGGCAGGAUGCUUAAAGAAAAGCAAGUCUCGUAUAUCAAGUUUGGUGAAUAUAUUUAAGGACAGACAAGCAACAAGACUAAGAAGAGUAAAAUUAAGAUAUUGUAGUAUAAAUGAUAAAAAUUUAAAAAUUUUACUACAACAUAGACUAAUUGAAUUACAAUUGAAGCAUUGUUCUGAACUUAAUAUAGGUUGUUUAAAAUAUAUAACAGCUUAUGGAAACAAAUUGCAAUCGUUAAUAAUAGGUGAUGAUGUAAACAUAUUUCCUAAGGAUAUUUUUCGUUUAACAAUACUAGAUAGUGAAUACUAUAAAAAAGGUUAUAUAAUUCUUGCUCAUAAUUUGAGGAAACUUGCAAUAAAGAAUGUGGAAAGACUCCAUCCAGAAUUUUAUAUGCUUCUGUUAAAACCUCUAGAAAAUUUGACCCAAUUAGAUUUGUCAGGUUGCAGUGAUUUAGCAGACCUGUCUUACACAGAACACUUAGUAAAUUUAACAUCUUUAACACUUUACAAUGUGGACAGAAUAGAACAAAUGAUCCCAACAAUAUGUAAAUUAAAAAGUUUAAAACAUCUGGAUAUAUCCAACUCUAAAGAAGAAAACAAAAAAUACGAAAAUGCUACACAGUUGCUUACCACUUUAGUGGAAAAUUUACCAAAGCUAACAUCACUGGAUAUAUCAGGAACAAAUUUGGCUGGAAAUGGGGUUGCUCAACUACGAGAAUGUGUGUCGGAUACUGUGCUUGCUUCGGAUAUCCCAGGAUUAGAAAGCAGAGUACGAAAUCCGUUUCAAUUCCUAGGAUUAUACAACACAUUGUAUGAUGCAUGUUUAAGACAUGACAUUCCAGCUAAAUUGGUGUCUGGUAAUGCUAACGAAGAGCAAGUAAUGAUAGCAGCACAUGCUUAUAUAGACCGACCUGAAAUGUUGCAAAAUGUCUUGAACGAACUUUUUCAUUUGUUCCGUUUCGAAACAUGUCAGCAUGUGGGACAAGCUUUAAAUAUUGUUUUAGAAGCAAUGGAUCGUCACUUAUCAGAAAGACAUAUACAGAUAUCUGGAAGUGCAACUUUAUUUUAUAUAGUAAAAGGGGCAGGAAAAGAAUUGCAUGACGUCGUCAGAAUUAAAAGAAGAAUAAUUACCACCCUGUUAAAUGGAAUGUUUUCCCAUAGGUUGGAUGAUACAAUGAUGAGAAAUGGUUGUCUUACCCUUUGCCAAUUUAAAAUACCGCAAGAUGUUGUUUUUGAAUAUGAACGACUAGUUGAGAUUUUGUUACAUUCUGUUCAUGGAAUGCAACCAGAAAGUUUUGUUCAGCGAAUAGGGAUUUACCUAUUGAAUUCCUUAGCAUGUCAAGUUGAUGGACAGCAAAAAGUCAAACUGGGAGAAUUAGGAGCGAUAAAUAAAAUGAUUUCAUUAAUAUCGGAACGUUUAGAAAGAGGUGUUUGCGACGAUGUGUUAGAAGUUGCUUGGUCCACAAUGUGGAAUGUUACUGACGAAACUCCGCCAAAUUGUAAAAAGUUCCUCGAGAACAAAGGAAUGGAGUAUUUUUUAAGAUGUUUGGAGAGUUUUCCGGAUAAAGAAGAACUUCUUCGAAACAUGAUGGGCCUCUUGGGUAACGUAGCGGAAGUAAAAGAUCUACGUUACUAUUUGAUGACUCCAGAAUAUGUUUCGGUGUUUUCUGACCUCUUAGAUUCAUAUAGCGACGGAAUUGAGGUGAGUUAUAACGCAGCAGGAGUGCUUUCGCAUAUGGCUUCUGAUGGACCCGAGGUUUGGACUAUUACAUAUCCAACUCGUGAAAUGGUACUUCGACGUAUGGUAGUGGCUAUUGAAAGGUGGGAUCUCGGUUCCCAACGAAAUAUCAACUACAGGUCUUUUGAACCCAUCUUACACUUGGUGAAAGUUUAUGAUACGCCUGAAUGUCAACACUGGGCUGUUUGGGCUUUGGCCAACCUCACUAAAGUGUAUCCCGAAAAAUAUUGUACAUUAGUGGAAAGUGAAGGAGGCCUAUUAUUGCUUGAAGAGCUAAUGAAUCAUCCUGCUCCUCCAUUCAAAGUGAAACAAUUAGCAAGGAUUGUCCAUGAAAAUUGCCGACAAUACAGAGCACGUAAUAGCUGCGAAUCAUUAUUAGAUGGCUGAAAGACAUAACAAAUGGGGUAUA